UUUUUUUCUUCCCUAUUCAAUUAACCCCUCUUCUUCACAAUCUUUGCAGUAACAAUUCACAUUUCACCAAACAAAAUUUCUUAUUAUUAUUGCUAUAAUUAAUUAAUUACCAAAAAACAUUUACCCACAAAGCCCAUUUGCCCAAUACAUUUACCUUGGUAGGUUUUGGUUUCUAGUGCAAACAGGCCCACACCAUACCAUACAGACUGGACCAGAGUUAACAUACAGGAUCUGGGUCUGGUUAUAAGCCACUGCAACUGGCUCUAGCCACCAUUCUAGUGGUCUGCUAACCUCAUCUCAUCAUCAUCAUCUUCAUCAAUGGAAGCUACACAUUUCUCUUCAAAUCUUGCAAUUUUCUUGUUAGGGUUUCUGAUUCUAUUCCCAUUAACAAUAUCAUCAGUAGGGAUAAACUACGGCCAGAUCGCAAACAACCUCCCCUCACCCGACCACGUGGUCCCCUUAGUCAAAGCCAUCGGCGCCACCAGAGUAAAACUCUACGACGCGGACCCGAAAGUCCUAAAAGCAUUCGCGAACACUGGAGUCGAAUUCACAGUUAGUCUCGGAAAUGAAUACCUUUCUAAAAUGGCAGAUCCAGCCAACGCCCAACAAUGGGUCAAAACAAACGUACAAUCGUACCUACCCGCAACCAAAAUCACCUCCAUUGCGGUAGGCAACGAAGUACUAACAUUAAACGACACAAAUCUCUCAGGAUGCUUACUCCCAGCAAUGCAAGGUGUCCACUCCGCACUAGUAAACCUUAAACUCGACAGUCAAGUAACUGUCACGACAGCUCACUCUGUCGCCAUUCUCCAAUCGUCGUACCCACCAUCCACCGGAUCUUUCCGACAAGAUCUAAAAUCUUGCAUAUCUCCCAUCCUAGAUUUCCUAUCCAAAACAUGUUCGCCGUUUUUAAUAAACGCGUACCCGUUUUUCGCGUACAAAGCGAACCCGAAACAAGUGUCGCUUGAUUUUGUUCUGUUUCAACCCAACGCCGGAAUAGUUGACCCGGCGAAUAACUUGCAUUAUGACAACAUGUUGUUUGCACAGAUUGAUGCGGUUUACGCUGCUUUGAACCGGUUGGGGUAUAAGAAACUGCCGGUUCAGAUAUCGGAAACCGGGUGGCCGUCAAAAGGGGAUGAAGAUGAGAUCGGAGCGUCGCCGGAGAAUGCGAAGAAGUAUAAUGGGAAUUUGUUGAAGAUUAUUGGGCAGAAAAAGGGGACUCCGGCGAAGCCUAAUGUGGAUUUGAAUAUUUUUGUGUUCGCUAUGUUUAAUGAGAAUUUGAAGCCUGGACCGACGUCGGAGAGGAAUUAUGGGUUGUUUAAACCGGAUGGGACUCCGGCGUAUGGGUUGGGGGUUUCGGGGAUUGGGGUUUCCGGUGGGAAUUCUACGGGUUCUGGUGGUGGGAGUGGUGGAAGUUCUGGGCCGUCGGUUUAUUUGUCGCCGCCGGUGAACUCGUCAAAUGGGUAUCUCGCGAUUUCUUCGGCGACGGAAAUGAUUGUAUGGAGCAACUGGAGAAGAUUUAGCAUGGGGUUAAAAAUGUUAAUGGUUGCAUAUUUGAUGUCUUAAAGUAUGAAUGUUGUUAGAAAAUUUGAGAGGGAGAGACAACAUGACAUAUUCUAUUGCUUUUCUAGUUUGGAAAAUGUGGUGGUCUUCUUCCUUUAUGUAGUUUGGAAAAUUCUUUAAUUAAAUAUUGUGUCAUAUGUGCAUCAUUUUCAA